AUGGAUGAGACCCGGCCUGCCAUUGGCCGCCGCGUACCUGCAAUGCGUCAAGUCCACGGCCGGGCUGAUGGCGGCGGCGUCGCUGGAAUUAGUUACCGCGGCCUGGUCCAGGUGGAAACUGCUAACCAACACCGAAAGGCAAAAACUAGAGUAGGAUUGGAUUGGCUCAGUAAUCAAAGCUUCCGCACUGAAGAUGCCCUGCAACUGCACCAUCGUAUCGUAGGGACUGCAGCAGACACAGCCUUGGGGUCAUCCCAGGCAAGUGAUUAUUCAGGAAUAUCCAGGGGACUUUUGGAUCAAGGCGAACAAGAUGAGCCGGCCAAAAAGAAGAAGAAGAAGAAGAAUAAAAAGAAGAAACAUCGGCAGCACAAAAAGGAUAAGAGGAAGGACAGAGCGAUUCGCACCAGCAGCGAAUCCGAUCCUGAGCUCCUCCGGGAUAAAGACACCGUGACUCCUGUCGAGAGGUCUGAAGCCAGUCCUGGUCUUCCUCAGGGUAAAUUCAUGUGGCUGGAUGACCUCCAUCUGCAGACUGCACAGACCUUCUGUAUAGACAGAAAAGCUGAUCCUGCCAACUGGGAGUACAAGUCACUCUAUCGUGGAGAUCUGGCAAGAUACAGGAGGUGUGGGGAUGUUUGCCUUGGCCUUGACACCAGAAAGCAGCACAUUAUCUGGGAAGAUUCAUUCAGACCAAAGAAAAAGGUCAGGAGGAAGGAUCAUCGAUAUUACAGCUUGUCGGGUCUUCAGCUCCUGAGUACUGACCCUGUUCCUGUUCGCUGUGGAGAGGGUGUACAAGAAAGCAUUCCUGGUACAAACUCCUUCAUACAAGUUCCAGAUUGGGCAGACAAUGACAGUAAACCCUCAGGCACUGUCUCCUGGUUCAAUCCGCUUGGAAUUUACGAUGAAUCCACCGCUUUGUGGCUACAGGGAAAAGGCCAAGAAGAACUGGAGGAGCAAACACGCACGCCCUUGGAUAGCAGUGAGAAGAUAAACUCACUCAACAUGGCCAAGGUGGAGAAGUUCAACAGGAUGUUGAGAGAAGACCCUGGGGAUGUCCAAACCUGGAUGGAGUUUGUUCAUUUUCAGGAUGAAUUAAUGCAAGACCCAAGUCCGUACACGGCCACGGCAGCUGAAUCUGAGAAACGGAAGAGAUCCCGAAGGGCUGCCUGGGAGAAAAAGCUGGCCAUUUUGGAACGAGCCAUUGAAAGCAAUCCCAACAAUGUGGAGCUGAAAGUAGCCCGGCUGGAGCUCGGCAAGGAAUCUUGGGAACCGUCCAAUCUGGUGAACGAAUGGAAAAAGGUCGUCUUUCUACACCCAAACCACACCGCUCUGUGGCAGAGGUACUUGCUGUUCUGCCAGAGCCAGUUCAGCAUCUUUUCGACAUCCAAGGUCAAUGGCAUCUAUGGCAAGUGCCUGAGCACCCUGGCAGCUGCUCUGGAUGGUACCUUACUGUCCCAUCCUGCACUGCCUGACACUGAGGAGGCCAUGCUUGCAAUUUUCCUGCAGCAGUGUCACUUCUUGCGACAGACUGGCCAUUCGGAAAAAGCCAUUGCCCUCUUCCAGGCUCUCAUUGACUUCACCUUCUUCAAACCUGACAGUGUUGCUGGCCUGAUAACCAAGGCACAGGUGGAGUUCUUUGAACCAUUCUGGGACAGUGAUGAACCCCGGUUUGGAGAAGGAGGGGCGAGAGGUUGGAAGGUUUGGAUGCGACAGCAAGAAAGGGGCGGCUGGGUUGUCCUGAAGGAGCAAGGUGACGAUGAGGAUGAGGAGGAAGAUGUGGAGGAAGUCAAAGACAAGACGCUACCCAAGUGGCAGCUUUGGUUGCAGGUGGAGAGCAGCCGUGACUUCAAGCACUGGUUGCCAUGGCGAGCUGAUAAGGGAAAGGGUCAGGCUGAAGAAGACUGUGAAGAUCCUGACAGACAGGUGCUGUUUGAUGACAUUGGAUCUUCAAUGUUCAAAAUCUCCAGCCAAGAGCUGAGGUACCAGCUCAUGUCAUCCUUUUUCCAGUUUCUGGGAAUUCCAACAGGAUUUGGCCUGCCUCCCUGCUGCCUGAAUGUGGCACUGGAUGACCCUGACUUGUUUAGCUCUGGGUCAGGUGACGAGAGACUGUUGUCUUGGUCUGACUCUCCUGCUGCUGGGGUCAGCAUUGUUGGGUUCAUGCCAGCCAUGCCCAGUCAGAGAUGGGCAGCCAGCCACUGCACAGAAGGGGAGGACUUCAUACAGACAGCAUUUCACCAGGCGUUGCCCCUGUUCGCUGGGAAAGAGCGGUCACAGCUUACCCUGCACUGGCUGCAGUACGAAAAAUCAAAGGUACUGAAGAGCCUGCAGCUCAGGAGAAAGAAGCAGCUGAAAUCUCUGGGGAAGAGGAGCAAGAAACUCGCUAAAACCCUUCUGAAGGAGGCUGAAAACAGGAACAAUUUGGCCCUCUGGAGGGAAUAUGCCCAUUUGGAAUGGCUGCUGGGUAAUGUGGAGGACUCGAGGAAGGUUUUCGACACAGCCAUGGCUAUGUCUGUCUCUCAGGGCCUGCAGAGCUCUGCCCUGUGUGACCUCUGCUUCCUGUACUCCUCACUGGAGCUGGAGUCGGUGCAGAGUGUCAGUGUGUCAACAGCAACUCGAGCGAUUUACAUCCUCACCAGGCUCGCCCUGGGUUUCGCUGGCUCACCUUAUGCAGGUGAGGUGCUGCCAGUUAACGUGCUGAAGGCUCGGAAAACGUAUGAGCGUUCUUUACAGGACUGGUUUGCCGAUGAUGCUACUUCAACAGGCAGCCAGGGGCCUGGUCAGCUUGUAAGCCUGGUAGGUUGUUUCGCACUCUUCCAGUACCUCACACUGGGCAUUCAGGCUGCUGACUCACUGUAUAGGCAGGCAGCUGGAAGGCUUGUAGGCCUCUCCUCGCUGGAAACGGUCCAGCCCAAGCGGAGUGUGUGGCGACAGAGUGUGACGUCAGCCUGUGAGAGGCUGACCGUGAUGCACGUGACGCUUCUGAGGUUCCACAUGCGGGCCAGCGUGUAUCCCCUGGGCCCUCUCCGCCACACGCUGACACAUGCUUUGGGGCAGUUUCCUGGCAACCGCGAGCUCUGGAAGCUGUAUGUGCAGGUUGAAAGCAGCUGUCACAAUGCCAGCCGAGCCCGAAGGUUCUUUGACGUCACCGCCAGGUCUGCAAAAGAUCUCAUCGUGCCGCGAUUAUUUGCGAUUUAUGCAGAAGAGCAGAGAAAGGAGCGGGUUGACUCUGUGCAGAGGGCAGAUAUUGGGAUUUUGUACAACACUCUCCCAGAAACUGGCCUCACCAACCGAAUCAGAGCGCUGUUUGAGCACGCUGUUCAGACAGAAGCUGGAGCACACUCUGUUUUACUCUGGAGGAUGUACCUGAACUUCACGGUGACUCAAGGAAAUAUUGAGAAGAUAAAGGGUGUAUUUUACAGAGCACUGCAGGAAUGCCCAUGGGCAAAGGUGCUAUACUUGGAUGCAGUCAGUCACUUACCUGCGCAACUCCAAGAAAUAUUAGACUUAAUGACGGAAAAGGAGAUUCGGAUCCGCGUUCCUCUUGAGGAGUUGGAAAUUCUCAUGGAAGAUUGAUUGGGAAGAAUGAAGAUGUGCAUUUAAUUAGCACCCUUCACAACUUCUGGGUAUCCCUACCGUGUUGGAUCAGCCAUUGUUGGAAAUGAGACACCAGACACCCCUCAGCCAAGCUGCGACAAGCAGCGAUGAUAUCAGUGACCAGAUUGUGUGUGGUUCAAGGGCUGAAUGUUGGCCAGGACUGCUGUUCCAUAAAACCAGAAGCAUAUUGGCAGGAAGCCAGGUGCUCCCAGCAGUGAAUUCAGUGACCUGUUUAGUGAUCCUGGCUGAAUGAAGGAGGCUAGUCAGUACAUCAAGAGAAUGAUUGGCUUUCGAAUGAUGCCAUGGGACCUUUAACUGAAGCUCAUUUGCAGAUAUCAAUGCCCAUCCUAAGGAUGGGUUGUUGGAUGUUCAUUCAGAAGAUUUAAAAGAAAGUUAGAAUAUUUAUUUUGUAAUAAAUGAUUAAACUUGUAAAAUUACUGCUUAUUUAUAUUGUUUUCUGAGCUAGAUAGUAAUGAUUACUGUUUUUUCUAAACUCAGUGAGGUGUAUAACAUUACAGGUUAUUUAUUUCUUAAUCUCCUAGAUGUUGUCCAGUUCUCUGGGGCCUCUCCUGUGACUAAAGGAGAUACAAAGAUUUCAACGAGGCCUCAGUAAUUUCCUCAUCUGCCUCUUUCAGCAUUCUGGGAUAGAUCCCAUCAGGUCCGGGGAACACGUCUACCUUAAUGCUUUUCAAAACACCCAACGCUUUUUUUUUAUAUUGACAUGCCCUAGAAUAUCGACAUACCUCUCCCAAGGCUCACCAUACAUCAUGUUCUUCUCCUUUGUGAAUACUGAUCAUUUAAGGACCUCACCCACUUCCUCCAGCUCCAUGCAUAAAUUCCCUCUUUUGCUCUUGAAUGGGUGUACCUUUGCCCCUGCUAUCUUCUUGUUCCUUGUAUAUGUAUAAAAUGCCUUGGGAUUUUCCUUAAUCCUAUUUGCCAAAGCCAUAACCACUUUGAACCCUCCUAGUUCCUUGUUUGACUUCUUUCCUUUCUUCAUAUUCUUCAAGAUCUCUUUCUGUCUUCAGUUUCCUAAACCUUACAUAUGCUUUAUUUCUUGUUAAACUAAGCUCUCAAUUUCAGUUCCUAGGCACCUGGUUGAAUGUUGGAUGUGAGUGAAUUCCUUGUAAUUUUUCUUCACCCUGCACGAACCUAACAGUUCAACGGCUGAAGAAAAGAAACUGCAGGUCUACAGGGAACAGACAGGGAGGGCGGACUAGUGGAGCUGCUCUUGCAGAGAGUCUGCAUGGACCUGAUGGGCUGAGUAGCCUGCUAUGUGCUGGCCUUGCACAGCAGUUCGUAGCAUAGUUCUUAUUCAAAUGAAAUAGUGUAACAAGCUGGCUAAGGGUAUGCACUUUUCUCUCAAGUGCUUUUUAAACACAAUUUGCCCCUUAAAUUGUCCAACAUAAACCCCUUGUUUUUAAGGAUCCAACUCUGUAGGGAUCCUAUGACUAUGUGGAAGCAGGCCGUUCAGCCCAUUGAGUCCACACCGACCCUCCGAAAAGCAUCCCACCCAGACCCACUCUCCUACCCU